AUGAAGGUAAAGAAAUUAUAUAAGGAAGCUCAGUUCCACGGAGCGAGACAACUCGCUGACAGGAAAUUUAGGAAUUACCCGAGCGAGCUGAACGCUACUUAUAUAAGAAGAGUGAUCAAUCAGUUAGCAGCAUUUUCUUCUGCAGACGUACCGUUCAACAUUAACGACCUGGAAAAUAUAGAAUAUUUGUUAGAUUACAAUAAUAUUGAAAUAGAGGAAGCAACAGAAAUUCUCACGGCAACGUGUGAAGAAAUUCUUCUUAAAGAAAUGUCUGGGUCCAUUCAACCUAAUGAACCAUAUACAGACAAUUUAUCCUAUGAUUUCGUAAACUCACUUAUGUUUGCUGUGGAACAAAGAAACAACUCUGGCAACCUGGACCUCGACUAUAAAUGGCUGAAUUUACAAACCGGUCAUCACUACGUGGAUAUCAAUGAGAAUGGAACAGCUGUAACUCCUGGUGUCGAGUGGACCAUCAAGUAUACGACGAAGACCGUCAAAGUUGCUUCGGAAGCUAUAAAUAUCAAUUACGAUCUACGAGGAUGCCGAUUAGCUUCGGAACCACUGAAAUAUUUCCCCAUAUACCAUAAGACCCAUUGCUUAUUGGAAUGUGAAAUCGAGAGAACAAUGUCUCGCUGUCAUUGUUUGAAACUGUCACACCCGAAAUUACAUGGAAUGCCGCUGUGCCGUGCUCGACAACUGACUUGUUCCAGGGAGGCAACCGGUCUACUGUUGAUCUUAGCAUCGAUAUGUUAUUUGGAUGCGAAAAGAAUAAAGAAAAGGUCAUGCAUCUGUCCAGAAUUAUACAGUCCUGUAUGUGGUACUGAUGGAAAUACUUAUACGAAUGAGUGUUUUUUUAACUGCACCAAAAAUAUACACAAAAAACCUGGAUCUGACAUAUAUAUAGCCUAUGAAGGAAAAUGUAGUGACUCGUGUAUGUGUAAAGAUGACUACUCUCCGGUAUGUGGCAGCGACGGCAAAACGUAUCCUAACAGCUGUUACCUUAAUUUUAAAAGUAAAGAAAUAGAAAAUGUCAGUAAAAAUAACGGAGAUGAUUCUAAUGAAAAUAAAUUAACAGAAGCAUAUAAAGGUGAAUGUUCCGACGAAUGUAUUUGCACAGAUGAAUAUGCACCAAUUUGCGCUAACAACAAUAAAACUUAUUCGAAUUCCUGCCAACUGAAGUGUGAGAAUAAAAAAAGAAAAAAUAAUAAUUUACCGCCUCUUAUAGUUAAAAGUGAGGGUCAAUGUCCCAAACCAUGUAUCUGCCAAGGAAUGUAUGAACCGAUAUGCGGGGACGACGGAAAAACUUAUGCAAAUAUUUGUAGUUUAGGAUGUAUUAAUAAAGAGAGACGAAACAAUAAUCUUCCACCAAUAAGUAAAAGGAGUGAUGGGAAAUGUCCCAACAUAUGUAAAUGUCCAAAAAUAUAUAAACCUGUAUGCGGAGAUGAUGGAAAAACAUAUCCAAGUAGUUGCAAUUUAAAAUGUGUAAACAAAGAUAGAGAAGGAAACAAGCUGUCACCCAUUAAAGAAGUAAGUAAGGGUGAGUGUCCAAAAGUAUGUGUAUGCCCCUUAAUCUAUUUACCUGUGUGCGGUUCUGACGGAGUAACUUAUUCCAACGAAUGUUUACUUAAAUGUGCAAGUAAUGACAACGAAAAGAAAAACUUACCACCUAUAACUGUUGCAAAUGAAACGUCAUGUCCAGAGUCAUGUCUCUGUCCAUUAAUCUAUGAGCCAAUAUGCGGUGAUGAUGGUAAUACAUAUUCCAGUAAUUGUGAAUUGAGAUGUAAGAAUAAAGAAAAAGAAAAGAGCAAUCUGCCCCCUGUUAAAGAAGUAAGUAAGGGUGAAUGUCCGGAAACAUGUGUAUGCCCUUUGAUUUAUUUACCUGUGUGCGGUUCUGAUGGAGUAACUUAUUCCAACGAAUGUUUACUUAAAUGUGCAAGUAAUGACAACGAAAAGAAAAACUUACCACCUAUAACUGUUGCAAAUGAAACGUCAUGCCCAGAGUCAUGUCUCUGUCCAUUAAUCUAUGAGCCAAUAUGCGGUGAUGAUGGUAAUACAUAUUCCAGUAGUUGUGAAUUAAGAUGUAAGAAUAAAGAAAGAGAAGCAAAUAAAGAAUUAUCAAUUAAAAAAGUCAGUGAUGGGGAAUGUGAGCCCAUUUGUAUAUGUCCUGCAAUUUACAAGCCAGUAUGUGGUGAUGACGGUAACACAUAUUCUAGUAGUUGUGAUCUUGCAUGUCUUAAUAAGAAAAGGGAAAGAAACAAUCAACUUCCAAUUAAAGAAGUUAGUGAAGGAGAGUGCAAUCCGUCCUGCGUGUGUCCCGCAAUUUACAAACCACUUUGUGGUGAUGACGGUCAAACAUAUUCUAGCAGUUGUAAUCUAGGAUGUAUAAAUAAGAUCAGAGAAAAAAAUAAUCAAAGUCCAAUUAAAAAAAUCAGUGAUGGGGAAUGUGAACCCGUUUGUAUAUGUCCUGCAAUUUACAAGCCAGUUUGUGGUGAUGACGGUAACACAUAUUCUAGUAGUUGUGAUCUUGAAUGUCUUAAUAAGAAAAGGGAAAGAAACAAUCAAAUUUUAAUAACAAAAAUUAGUGAAGGAGAAUGCGAGGCUUCGUGUGUAUGUCCUGCUCUUUACGAUCCCGUGUGUGGUGAUGAUGGAAAAACAUAUUCAAGUAGUUGCAGUUUAAGCUGUACUAACAAAAAAAGAAAACGAUUAAACCAGAAUAUCAUUAAUGAAGUUAGUAAAGGAGAAUGUCCAAUACCAUGUAUAUGUCCAAGAAUUUAUAGUCCUGUAUGUGGUGAUAAUGGUGAAACAUAUUCUAAUAACUGUGAAUUAGAAUGUGAAAACAAAAAACGCCAAACUAAACAAGAAUCACCAAUAGCUGUGGUGAGUAAGGGAAAAUGUCCGGAACCUUGCAUUUGCCCAAAAAUAUUCGAACCUGUAUGUGGUGAUGACGGAAUAACUUAUUCAAGUAGUUGUGAUUUAGAUUGUGUUAAUAGAGAAAAAGAAAGAAAUAAUGAACCAACCAUCCUCGAAGCUUCCAAAGGUGAAUGUCCAGAUUCAUGUAUCUGUCCGUUAAUAAUUUCAGAGCCAGUUUGUGGAAGCGACUUCCAAACAUAUUCUAGUGAAUGUGAAUUAGACUGUGAAAAUAAAAAAAGGAUAGCAAAAGAUGAAUCACCCCUGUCUGUUAUUAGCAAGGGUGAAUGUCCAAAGGAAUGUGCAUGUCCUUUAAUCGAUCUUCCUGUGUGCGGUUCGGAUGACGUCACAUACUCUAAUGAAUGCUCACUUAACUGUACAAGCGCAGAGAAUGUAAGAAAACGUUUACCUCCUAUUACGGUGAAAAGCCAAGGAGAAUGUGAAGAGUCAUGCAUAUGUUUGACAAUUUAUGAUCCCGUAUGUGGUUCAGAUGGUCUAACUUACUCCAAUGAGUGUCAACUAGAAUGUGAAAAUAAAAAGCGUAUCAAAAACUCCCUAGAUAAAAUAGAUGUUGUAAAAAAAGGAGAAUGUAACGGAUCCUGCAUCUGUCCUGCAGUUGUGGAUCCAGUAUGUGGCAGUGAUGGACAAAGUUAUCCCAAUGAAUGUCAAUUAGUAUGUGAGAGCGAUGAUUUGGUACGACAGGGACUAUCAGCUUUAGAAGUUAUCGAAAGAGAUCUUUGUGAAGAGUCAUGCGAAUGUUAUAACUCAAUUAUACCAGUUUGCGGAUCAAAUAACAAAUCUUAUAGAAAUGCUUGCUAUUUAGAUUGUGCUAACAGAAACAGACGAGGCAAUGAAACAUCAAUAACGAUUAAAUAUAGUGGUGCAUGCAGAAGUUGUACUUGCACUCGAGAACUUAACCAAGUGUGUGGUAGUGAUGGGAACACGUAUAACAAUCCUUGUCUUUUAAAUUGUGAAAGUGAAAGACUAAAAGGAAUAGGAAAAUCACCUCUGUUUAUUAUACACUAUGGCGAGUGUCAGGGAUGUGGAUGUUCAAAUGAAUACGAACCUGUUUGUGGAACAGAUAACAAUACUUACACAAACUUAUGUCAGUUACAGUGUGAAAGUAACAUUAGACAACGUGAAAAUGAGAAUGAGAUAGCUCUCCUCAGCCAAGGAAAAUGCCCAAAGAAUGAUUAUGAUUGUGAAAAUUGCCCUCUAACCUACCAACCAGUUUGUGGUACAGACCUUGUAAGCUAUUGGAACGACUGCUGGUUUAAAUGUAGUAAUAAAUGCAAAGUGAGUCGUGGAGAAAAACCUAUUGAGUUGGCUAAAACUGGAUGCUGCUAG